CAAUAAUCUGUCAGGAUUAAUAUAAGAUUAAACCUCUGUAUACCUUAACGUUUAAUGCGUUCAACAAAUCGACCAACAGCGAAUCAAUAGCAUUAAAUAUCUCAGUAUAUAAUUUCGUCCGGAGUAACUUUAUCUUGGUCUUUUGUCUCGCAGUGCCAACGUUUGUCACACAAUUUAUUUGGAGUUGAUAAAAAUUCUUUUAACGCACUAUAUAUAAUGCAGCACUUUCAUCGUGCCACACACUACAUUCAUUAGCUUUAAAUAAAGAACACUUUCACUGCCUUGGACGUAGCGACCCGAUGUCUGCCGAGUGGUUCCAAAUGACUCCAUUGUAGUUGCUAAGGAAGAACGUCGCGUACAGUCAACGUCAAAAGUGCCUUUUUAACAUAAACGUUUUCGUAUUUGUUCAAACUAUGAAUUUGAUGGAAUAAACAAAUAUCAGCGAGUGUCGGAUCGUUUAGUGGCUAGUGGCAUAAGGCAGCUGAUCACUACUACACGGUAAGUGAAGCGAGUAGCGGAGCUAUGCCGUCAGCGUUCACGGACGGAUUAGAGGGGCGGCUGGCGGAGCUGUAUGGACCGGGUCGGAACCGGCGCUACCAGAACAUCCGGGAUAACCUGACCCGCUCCAGCGUCCUGCAGGAGGGAGAGUAUAACUACACCAACAACAAACUGAAACGAGAUUUCUGGAAGACAAGUAAUUCAACAGACUUCGCCGGCACUGUUUUGGACCCAUCUGGACUGGGCGGCACUCGAAGUCAGCUGGUCCACCAUUUCGAGCUGGGAAACGCGAGCGGGCGUCACCUGGAGAAGGACAUCUUCCGGCGGAGCACCACGAUCGCCGAUUUCCAGGAGAAAAGGUUACAGAAGCCGGAAGUAAAAGGAGAAGAGAGGGCAAUCAACUGGCCUGACAUGGCGCCGCGGUAUUUGGGCGACCGUCGGGUCGGACCAUCAGAGUACACUUCAACCUUCAUUAAAAAUUUGCGUAACCGGUCGGCGCCGACCUUCCCCCGGGUUGACACGAGCAAACUGCAGCUUCCGCUUGACCCGACCCGCUUCUGGAGGCAAAGGAAUACAAACUUCUCCCUCGGAUCUGAUAACGACGGGUUGAUCAGCGAGCAACAACGAGCCUUCGGUCGCGAUGGUGUCAGAGCCUUCCAACCAGACAAGAAAGAAAAGAACGCCGCGUCUGACGUCAACAAGAGCAUGCGUGAGAUGGACAAGGUGUCACAUGUCUUCAGGGGCGGGGAUUACAACGACAUAGUGGGUAACUUCGUGAGUACGUGUGUGGGAGACUACGGACCGAGAACACAGCCACCUGGUGAGGCUGCGCUCGAGAUAAGAACGAAACGAAAGGGUGAUAACCACGAUGAGGAGGAAGAGGAGGAAGAGGAAGGGCCAUAUGCCUCUACAAAUCAGCUGCAAAAGUUUGCCCGCCAAACCACCGUGCCACGGGUGUUUCAUGAUGCGAAAGAGGGAAGGAAUUACCAGGAGGGCGCUCACUUCAAUUUCGGUACAGACCCAGAGUCAGGCCAUUCUGUGUACGCGAAGGAUUUCAAGCUGUCUGCCAUGGUGUCAAGGGCGCCGCCUAUCGUUAUAGCGCCGCCCUCUGCCGGCCAUUUGUUGCAAUUUGACCCUAACCAGCAGAAACAUGGAGUGACGUCCAGCUCAAUUGACUUCCAGAAUCACAAAUACGAACAAUACAAGAACUCUGCAGGUCAGACGGCUAUGGAGAUGAACCUGGACCGGCGUGACACGGAUAAUGUCAUACUCAGCUUCGACCUUGACCGACACAAACGGGACAGACAAAUAUCGCUUGCACAGACGGACUAUCGCGGCCCACCGACUGGUUACCGGCCACCGAAACUGGCAGAAAGGCACGACGUGUACGUGGAUUAUCUGCAGACGGACGACGCCCUUCCCUACCCCGCACCACCCAAAGACGUAUCAGAGGCAGCGCAUAACUUCACUGGUAUCAAUACCGGUGGCACAGUGGCUUCCAAGCGAAGGGUGGGCCGCCGGCGGGAGAUGAAGGGGCGCUUAGAGGACGGACGGAGCACCCACUUCGUCGUCGGAUACACGCCCUUUGACUUCGACUCCGAAACAACGAUGAAGUUCCGGGGUGAAAUGAAAUCGGACUUUGGCAUACCGGCAGCAGGAAAGACAGAGAAGGUUUCUAAACAGAAGACGCUGCAUCUGACCCAUAGCGAGAACAUUUUGGACCUGAAGGCGGCGGACCCAUACGUGACAAACACGCGGGAAGCUCUUCCGGCGCGCAUGUCGUACCGGGAGCCGGGCGCAGAGCAGUAUAACAACACCUCCGUCAUGAAGAAAGACUUCGGUCCAAUGUUAUCAAGGGGGUUGACGGACGCCCAGAUGCGAGUGAUUGACAAGUACGAUCGCGAGAGCCGCAAGGACAUAUCCCAGUCACACUUAUUCCACACCGACACUUCCGGAAGAAACAACUUCGUGAGCACUGCCAUGGAUGAUUUCACUUCACCGGAAACAAUGACAGGGAGGAAAUUUUUGGCUGCGCGGUGAAAAAGGCGGACAUAGGCUUCAGAUAACUGUCGCAAUCUCUUUUGUUAUAGACAUUCAUAUUGUUUAUUAUAGAUUGUUAUCGUAUGUAUGUGUUUUAAUGUGAUGUUUUAAGUUUAUGUUUUGUCCCAUUAAUUGAAUGAAAAUAAACAUUUUAAGUUA